AGGUUUCUGUCAUCCUCUGUAGCACCUUCCAUGCAAGAACUUCUUGCAUGCCGUGCGGAUAAUUUGACAUUCUACCUAAAAGUUGUAAAACUCUAACUAGUAGUCAAAUUUAUCACUCGCUCUGUCGGUACGGCCUUAGGGAUAAGUAGAUACAACUUGUCUUUGAUGCAGAACCUUGUAAAAUUCCCAUUUACUACCACACACUGUCACAAUUCUUCAUGACCCGAAAGUUGUCGUUCUGACCUGUAGAAUUUUCAAGAUUCCACACUACCGCUGUUUGUACAAAGUGGUGCUACAAACUCGGUACUUGGUGUGAACCUCUAGGUGCUAAUAUUUUGUACGAUUCAUUCAUUUCUUUUUCUGCUUUAUCCGAAUCUCCAUUUUGUUGUAAAAUUCUUGUCACUAAAGUUACAAUUCUAAAAUACGUAAUACAUACUGGUCGUCUCAACAUUUUUGGUGCACAAAUAGAUACAUGUUGAAGUGACAAACUUCCGACCGUUCACACAAUAAAUUGAGACCUAAAAAUUGCACCAAACGCAAACCUCCGAAAGGACGAGCACAACAAGCAUCAUGGGCGUGGAAAUGAAAAUGCCGCAAUCUCACGGGCGCAACAUGCAGGUCUCGGACGUGACCGGCAUGUCCAUGUGGGUCCCGCACGAGACCAAGGCCUUCACCGCGGCGCGGGAUUUGCGCAUCACGCAGGGGUCGGGGAAAAAGACCGUUCUGGUUUACGAAGACACGGAAACCAAGGAGCGGAUCGAGGUCCCGGAGGACAAAAAACACUUGAUCACCGAAGUCGAGGAGGAUCACUUGAUGGCGGUCCCCGACGUGACCACGCUUCGCACCGUGACGCACGCUUCCGUGCUGGAAACGGUGAAGCGGCGCUACAAGCAGAACCAGAUUUACACCAAGGUGGACGACGUGAUCAUUUCCGUGAACCCCUUCGCCGUGAUCCCCGGCCUGUACGACGCGGAGGCUGUCUCCCGCUACGAAAACUGCUCGGACCCCCGGGAAAUGCCCCCGCACGUGUACUGCAUCUCGAAGAACGCCAUGAUGGGGUUGUACGAAAACAAGGACCAAGCGAUUUUGAUUUCAGGGGAGUCCGGCGCGGGGAAGACGGAAAACUGUAAGAUUUUGCUCCACUACUUCACGCAGUCCGCGGCCAGCAACUCCGGGAUUCAGGAUCGCAUCAUGCAGUGCAACCCGCUCCUCGAAGCCUUCGGGAACGCCAAGACCUCGAGGAACAACAACUCGUCCCGGUUCGGGAAGUGGACGGCGCUGCACUUUUCCAUGGCGAACGAGAUCGAGGGGGCGGGGUUGAUCGAUUACCUGCUGGAGAAAUCCCGCGCGGUGUCGCAGAACCAGCCGGAACGCAGCUUCCACAUCUUCCACAUGAUGCUCCAGGACCCGAAGAAGUACGGACUCAGCAGUAAUAAAAACACGGAUUACUUCCACCUGCAGAACUCCGCCGCCACGGCCGACGGCUGGGACGACAAAAAGGAGUUGGGCGAGGUGCUCGCCGCCUGCCAGGACACCACCAUGUCGUCCGAGGUCUCCACGGCCUUACUCCGCGCCACCGCGGGCGUGCUCCUGCUCGGGAACGUGGCCCUUGCCGACGGCGGGAACGACACGAGCAAGUGCGACAACAUGGCGACGCUGCAAGCGGUGUGCGACGUCUGGGAGUGCGACCCGACGGUGCUGAUCGACGCGAUCUGCAACAAGAAACUCACCAUCGGCAAAGAAGUCACGAUGAAGGCUUUGAAACUGGAAGACGCGAAGUCCAGUCGCAAGUCGCUCGCCACCUUGUACUACUCGAAGAUCUAUCAAGUGCAAAAGUGUCUGGGUCUGGAAGAGUGCAUGUUUGUCAUGCUUGUGUGGCGUGACUCUUAAAUCUGUCAUGCACGUUACCCAAGAUGAGCCCCAUUUUGCUGCCAUGCAGAAACGCAGUUUGUCAUGCAGAAUAGCCAACACCUAGAAGCUCAAAAGCUUGUCAUGCUGAGCCAGCACUUGUGGCCUCUUCAUGAUUCGCCGCCCAGCAUCACAAGUUUCCAGACCCAGACACUUUUACAACCCAUAAGAUCUUCCAGUGGCUGGUGGCGUUUUUGAACGGCGCGAUCCAGGGAACAACGACGACGACCUCGAGGAACACCAGUGGGAAGACGAAGGAGAUUGGCAUGUUGGACAUCGCGGGGUUCGAGUCCUUCGAAUUUAACACGUGGGAGCAGAUCACGAUCAACCUGUCGAACGAGAACCUGCAGCAACACUUCAACGAUUACAUUUUCAAGGCGGAGAUGCGGGACUACGAGGCGGAGGGGGUCCCGACGGACGACUUCAAGUUCGAGGACAACCAGGAGAUUCUGGACACGAUCGGCGGGCAGCAGAACUCGAUUUUCUUCUACCUGGACGGCACCACGAAAAACAUCAAGGCGACGGACGAGGUGUUCAUGAACCAACUGCGGACCAACAUGAAGGACAACAAAUAUUUGACGUUGGACCGCUUCAACAAGCCGCAGUUCACCCUGCAGCACUACGCCGGACCGGUGACCUACGACGUGCAGGGGUGGGCGCAGAUCAAGAACAAGGACGAGCCGCCGCCGGAAGCGCUGGAUAUUCUGAAGACGUGCAACAACCUGGUGAUGGUGCAGAUCUUCGAGAAGAUGAGCGAGGAGGAGAGGCAGAAGAAAAUCACUGUGUCCCAGCAGUUCCGCGCCUCCCUGAGGGACCUCAUGGCGGUGAUCUACCAGUCCCAGCCACACUUCGUCCGGUGCAUCAAGCCGAACAGCGAGAAGAAGGCGCAGAUUUUCACCCCGCCGAUGGCGCUGGAGCAGCUGACCAACUCCGGUGUGAUCGAGGCGGUGCGGAUCCGCCAGGCCGGCUACCCGUACCGCGCGCUGCCGGAGGACUUCUUCCGCCGCUACCGGGUCUGCAUCCCGCUGAACCUGCAGAAGCAGGCGCAAAACGCCGGGGGUCUCACCUCUGCGGCGGGGGUGAAGAUCAUCCUGGACGGCCUGCCGGGUGCGUUCAGCAUGCCGGACCUGAAGGGCCAGUACCACAUGGGCAAGACGAAGGUGAUGGCGAAGCAGAAGGGGCACGCGGCGUUAGACGAGCAGGCGCGGAUCGCGAAGGUCGCGAAGGCCAUCCUCAUCCAGAAGGUGUUCCGGGGGUACCGGGCGCGCAAGCGCGUCAAGGUUGCGCGCGAAACCAGAAAGGCGAUCCAAAAGUGGCUCGCCACCUACCCGCUGUACGCUGCGCCGGGGAAGGACGGCAUGGCCUUGCUCGGGGGCUGCGAGGGGAUCGUGGCGGCGCUCGCGCAGUUGUCGCUUUGGCUCGAUGUGGCGAACCGUUCCACCGAUCUCCGCGUCGCGCCGGACAACUUUGGCCCGACGGUGGAGGCGCUGAAGAAGGAAUUGUCUGUGAUGCAGAGGGCGGAUGAGUUGAUGACUUCGUUCGAUGUGAUGGACGUGAAGAACGCCGUUUCCACGUUGAAGGCCUUGAAGAUCGACAACGACUUCUCGCAGAAGCUUGAAAAGCGGGCGGACGCGCUGGCCAGGGAGGCGCCGCUGUUGAAGGGCAUGCAGGCGCUGCCGCCGCUGCCGUACGACGCGGGUGCGGAAGUGCACGUCAUGUACCAGGAUAUGGUUGCGGGCGUGGAAAACGCGGGCUUGGCGCAGGAACAAGCCUGGUUGGACAAAACUGGCUUCGCUCUGUACGUCACGGUCAAGGAAGUCUUGGCGAAAUUCGAGGCUGGGCCGCCCUCCGGUAUAAAGAUAAAAGUUUGCUUCUUCUAUCAUCGUACGCAGCUCCUGCCAUUUGAAGUUGUCCUUGUCACUUGCUUCGAUCUAGCUUAAACUCAUAUUCCUUUGUCUGAGAUUUUCGAUGUUGUUGCGCAACAUGUAGACGAUUCAUAUACUAUUUUGAAAUUCAUCAAAUACAAACGGUCCAAAAUUAUUCCAGACGGCACCUCUUCCCGCGACGCGGCCAACGCGGCCGAAGCCGCCGCCAUUGUCGCUGCGGUCCUCGCGACCUCCUCCGGGGCCGGCGACCGCAUGGGCGAGAUGAGCUUCUCGAUGGCGGACAACAAGGAGCAGCUCGACCUGGCUGCGGGCAACAUGCAACGCGGGCAAACCGCGCUGGAGGGUGCGAACAGCCUGCUGCAGGCGGGGGACAGUUUGAGCAUGUCCUUGGUGGAGAAUCUGCACGAGGCCAUCGACGCGAAGGAAGAGACGGUGGCCCAACUGGACGAGGUGAUCAAUACCCUUCCGGAAGGUUCGGACCAGCUCGCGGAGCUGGAGAACGCGAAGCAAACCGCCGCGGAAGAAAAAGAACAGCUGGACAGCGCGCUCGCCAUGGUGUGUGCCCAGUCGGGCAUGGAUCCCCUGAAGGUCGCCACGAUCAAGGCGGAGUUCGAGAAGAAGAAGUCGCAGCGCCUGGCGGAGUCGACCAACGAGGGGAAGGCGGCGCGGGUGUCGGAAAAGAUGGCCAGCCUGAAACCCAGCAAAUCCAUGCGGCUGACCAUCACCGACGCCGCGGACGCGCUGAUUCAGCUGGAAGACGCGCUGGAAGUCUACGACGGCCCGCGCAUCCAGAUUAUCUACCAGUACGGAAUCGAAAACGGGAUCGACGCGAAGGAUCUGCGGCCGGCGGAGGAAAUGCUGUCGAACUUGAUGAACGCGGAGUACGUCCGGGCGGAACUGAUGAAGAACGUGGAAAGGUUGCUGCACAACCAGGAUCUGACGGAGAACCAAACGACCAAACUCCUCAAAGCGUCCACGAAUCUCGUUGCGGCGGCGGAAAAAGCCGGCGUGGCGGCCACGGAGACCACUUCCAUCUCCAAAACCUUGAAAAAGACGGCGAACGCGGCCUUCGGGUCGAUGUUUGUCGGGAAGGACAAGGACGACGAGACCCGCGAAGUGGGGCAGAUUCUGUUUUCCAGGUGGGACCUGGCGCCGAUCAUCAACACGACAACCGUGAAAACCCGAUACAAGAGGGACGGAACGAAGGUGGACCCGCUCGACCCCCUCGGGGCCUGCUCGUGGACCAAGUAUUUAUAUUUGCAUGAUCUUCCGAUCACGAUCUUCUUCUUCAUGCUUCAACUUUGCUUUUCAUGAUUGCAUGAGUUGUGACUAGGCAUAUAAACUUCUUUUUUUCUAACAGCUCUUCGACUUUUUCAUGAUCUUCGUCCACAGCAAAUCUAUAACUGCUUACGCAAAUUAUAAACCAAAAGUGCCAUCGUCUUUUACUGUAUCAGGUACAAGAUCCCGGGGUCUUUGACCAACCUGCCGAACACGCAGCUGACCGACGCGGCCAUGAACAUCUUCAAGAACCUGUGUGCCUGGAUGUGCGACCACCCGGUGGAUAACAAGCGCCGCGCGCCCCUCGCCUUCACAAUUAUCCACAAGGCAAAAAACGACGAAUUCUUGACCAACGAGGUGUACGCCAUGAUCAUGAAGCAACUGACCAACAACCCGGGCCUCCGCUCCAAGCUGCUCGGGUGGAAGUUGAUGCAGCACCUGUUAAACCAGGUGCCUCCGCAGGCUAAUUUCAUCGAGUACGUGCGGGCCUUCAUCCUGAACAGCAUCGACAAAACGGAAACGCCGGAGGUGGAAAAUUUGCCGGAGGACGGGAGAAAGAUGCUCCUGGCGGUGCAGAACGCGUGCUGGGACAGCAUGACCAAGUACGAUGCGACGGCCGGAAACACGACGGAGGUGCACCAUAAGUCAGGCGACGGUUUGACGGUCCAGGUGUGGUCCAUGGAGGGGUUUGACAUCCGGGAGCAAACGGCCCGGCUGGACGCCACGUGCAAACCGCGGAAACCGAAGCUCGUCGCUCUGGACGACCUGAAGGAUCUCAUGACCGCCCAGGACGUGGCCCUGCGGACCGCGACGCAGCACUCGCUGUCGACGAACCAGAGCGAGUUCUCGCUCUUCCGCACGGGGCACGCGGAACCGUUGUCGAACAACAAGAAUUUAAUCCCCAUGCUGAAGAAAGAGCCGCAGUUGGAGCUGAUGUUCAAGCGGAGGUUCAUCAAGCCCAGGGAGGUGGUGUCCACGGUGGACAUGGUCUUCACCUGUUUGACCGUGGAACAAGCGUUACAAGAGUACUUGCUCGAGUACUAUGACCUGCUCAAACGUUACAAUCUCAAACGUUACAAUAGAAUCUGAGAUCUGUCUUGCAUGAUCAACAUGAUAGACUCGGACAGCAUUCCACUUUCUGCAAUACAAAUUUCGCCAGAUUGUAGUGCGGAUUGGGACACCAGAACUUGUCAUGCGUAAUCCUGUGGGAGUAGGGUAGAUCAUGCACUUCUUGCAACACAAAUUCCAGAUUCUAUUGCAAUGUUUAUUGAGAUAGUAACACCUGAGCAGGUUAUAAGUACCACGUGCCGGAAAACGAACACAAACUGGCCUGGAUCGCGGCGCAGAUCGCGGUCUACCUGACGCUAUCAAGUGUAAAAGUGUCUGGGUUUGGAAGGAUCCAACUUGUGAUGCUGUCGGUCAAUUCUAAACAAAUCUGUGUUGCAUGACCAGCUCAAGACGAGGCCAGUUUGUGCCACGUGGAGAGGGUAAUAUCUCUCAUGCGGAAUAGGCAUCACAAAGCCUUCUAAAAAUCUGUGAUGCUAGGCCGUGCAUUACAGGGCUUCGUGGCUGAUGCAGAAUAUGCAACACAAACGCAAACCUGGCAGUCUUCCAGACCCAGACAUUUUUACAUUUGAUAGACGCGCGCGCGGCAGACGAAGCAGUUCGUCGCGAACGAAAACACGCUGAAGUUUUUGCUCCCAGCGCAGCAGAUCGGGCGAAGGUCGCCGGUCGACUGGCGGAAGAUGAUCAUGUCCGAGCUGUAUUUGAAUCACGUGUUGGAGAACGCCGGAACGAGCCACCUCGCCCGCGCCGCGGUUUUGUUAAAGUCGCUGCAACGUUUGAAGGCUUUCGCGACCCGACAGUUUGUCGGCCGUCAGCGGUCGCGCGCGGAGUUGGAGUCGGAAGAGUCGAAGCAGGUGAUCGCGAAGCUGUCGCAGGGGAAGGUCCGGCAGCCGUUGGUGGACAUGGCGCAGCUAGAUUUGCUCUGCUGCGUGUCGAUUUCCUCGGUCACGUUCUUUAACAACACGCAGGGGGACAAGUCCUACGGGUACCAAAUGCAAAAAUGUCUGGGUCUGGAAGAAUCCGAACUUGUGAUGCUGCAUUUGGAUUCCAAAAAAAUCUGUAGUGCAUGACCAGCAAAGGGAAUGCAAUUUUGGCUACGCGGAGAGGGCAUUUUUCAUGCGGAAUAGGUAUGGCAAAGCCCUCAAAAAGUCUGUGAUGCUAGGGCAUGCAUCACAGACAUCAUGGCCCACUUUUCCAAGGUUCUUGGUUGUGGAUGGUUCCUCGAGGUCUUCCUUCUUGUCGUCUCGCUUACUUCUGGAAUCCUUGUAGCGCUAGGUGGCGGAUCCCGCAUGGCUUGCAGGGGCAGAUGUUUUUUUUCCGUCUUGCCAGCGGACUGAUCGGGGUGGGUAGAUAGAUGCUUCAUGAUAGUUACUUAGUCGCUAACAUUUAUCUCACUCUAGGCACAGACAGCCGCGGACCUAUUUUACUCGCUCGAGGCCUGCACUCCUCGACUUCCUUUUUUUCGCGCUCCCUUAGUAUGCUGGUGCCCCGGCCUGCACUCCGGUUCCCAGCCCCGAUCACAUUUUAUCCGGCUGCUGUUAUCUCCGCGUCAAGCACUAACUUAAGGGCCUGCACUCCCGCUUUUCUUCUACCCUGUAGCCCCUGGUGGUUCGCCAGAUUCGGGCCGGGACCGUUUUAUCUAGCGCUGCUGCGACUCGCACUGACUUGGACGCGUAGUAUCUUAAGCCUGUCGCACUAUUCCACUUUCACCAGUUUCAACCCUACGGGGGGGAGGCCUGCAUUCCUCCUUACUAGACACCCUUGUUCCCUACUUCUCGUUUCCGCCGGUCGCGCAUGUGCGAUGUUGCCCGCUCGGAGUUUUCUGUUUUCCAUGCGACUCCGCAGCAUCCAAGUUUUUUUUUGGUCAUGUCUUCUUCAGGUUUUGCGCAUGACUGGGCACACUCACAUCCGAGAUCGCUGAGGCGGGUGGGGGGUCCGAGCCAAAAAAAAAAAGGUCUUUGUGUCGCUUUGGUUUUCUAGGUGCAAAACGUGCAUGACAAGUCUCAGAAUCUUCCAGACCCAGACACUUUUGCAUUUGAUAACGGGCAGGAGGUCGCGAAAGUCGGGUUUUCCGCCGCGCGCGGACACCAUUUGGUAGAAUGGGACGCGGACGGGAAUGCGGUGUAUUUGGCUAUGCGGCUGCCGAAGGGAAAGGAAGUUUUCCUACUCUUCGACACGGAACAGGCAGAAAGACUGGUGGACCGAAUGGACCGGGCGUAUUGUGAAGAUUACCAGGACGAGGGCAAACGGGAAGAGAGGCCGAAUCUGACGCAAAGGAUCACCAAGAGGAAUGUCGCUUUGGAAUCGGCUGGGGAAGUGAUCAUGAGCCACUCCGCGCAGGUGCCGGGCAGUCAGCAGGCGUCGAAGUACGAUAAGAAGGAACAACAUCAAAGCGCGGUAGUUGCUGCUGGCGGUGCUGACAGUUUUUACCCAACACUGCUGGGUAGUAUCAGAGGGAAUAGAAGUAACAUGUCGGGAGGGCAAGGUGAUGCUAUUGUGAGCGGAAAAGGCAGCGCAACUCAGCCGGGGUCGGUCAAGAACGGCAGCGUCGCUGCGCCAGGUUCGGUUGUCGAUGAUUUUAAUGCCACCACUUCUGCCCAAAAGAUGUCGCAACAGCAAAAUGCUUCUACUGUUUCAGGCAACUACUACGCGGGCGACAGUACUGGUGGGUCCAUGUCUCCGACCGGAGCUGAUGCUGCUGGUGCUUCUGCCACUAUGGGUUCCGGCACCGGUGGUAUCGGCAGCCCGGCGCAGCAGUCCAAGCGAGCUCUGUCGCAGCAGCAGCAGAGCGGCAUUCAAUCCAAGACCGGCUCGAAAGUCGCUUCGAUGAUGGCCAGUCAGCAGAACGGGGCGAACAGCUUUGUCCAACAGUCUACUUCACAAAACGUGGACCCAGAAACCGGUGCGCCGCGAUCCGCAUCACAGAAUCUCGGCAUGGGCAGCGGAAUUGCGCCCAUGUCGGGUAUGGAGGAAGUGAAAGGUGCCGAAGAAGAUAGAAUCAGCGCCGGUGCAAUCUCCAGCUACGGCGGCAUCAAGCGGUUGAAUUCCGCUAAAUCGCUUAAACAGCAGCAGCAUUCCCAGGCUUUUGACGCAAGUACUUCUAGUAGUGCCCGCAGUGCCGCGACCGUUGGAGGUGCAAUCAAACUGUCCAACAAAACUGCGUCCCAGCGUGGAGGUCCGGGUUCGCAGCCGGGGUCUGCGACCGGGUCGAUAAAGCAGUCCACCGUGAGUUCUUCGAAUAAUGAGUCUGUCAUCGAGCCAUCCGUCGUGCAGUCCCGCGCGGGGGGUAACACGUUGGACGCGAGAUCUGUCGCGGGAGUGCUCCCAAAUGCGGCUGCGAUGCCGAACACCUACAUCCAAUCUAUCGCUCCCGGGCAGAAGGGAAAGGGAAAGGCGGCGAUCAACGGUUCCGCUUUUGUUUCGAACUUUGGCAUCCAGAAGCCGCAAGGAGGAGGAGCUGGUGGAAUGGGCGGCAUCGAUGAAAACGCGUCGAUAGUCGUGCAGCCACGCGGCGGAAACACGUUGGAUAUCCGAUCGGACAAGUUGAGCCAGAUGCCGAUUAAUAUUCCGGGAGGACAGUCUUUUGGGGCGGGUGGCAGUGUGCCUAUGUCCGCGAUUCCGGAGUCUGGAAUGCAGUCCGGCAUGCCAAAAAGCGGGAUGCAGUCCAUGAACCAAAGCAGGAAGUGAUUUGGUGCGUUUUUAUCACGACGGCGAUAUUAUUAGGGAAGUCGUGAAGUGGUUUGUUAUUGUUUGAGCUAAUGAUGUUAUAUGCUUAGCAAUAGCAAUAGCUGUUUGUCUUCGGACAUGGAAGAGUAGCGCAACUCUUUCUUUUUUCUCAGAAGCCACGACAUCCAUUUCCCCCCGAAACUGCGAUUGUAACACUAACACUCCAGAACAUUUCUCACUUUUUUUUUCUGUUGGAAAAUUCUGUGCAAAUAACGACGUCUGUAGUUCUGAUAAAGUCUAAAUGUUCAGUUCACCAAUGCUAGCAACAUGUAUAGAUUUUGAUGAUGAAACACUAACGAUUUCACGAUCACGCGGUCGCGGACGGGUCGUACACGUACUCUGUUAAGUAACUCCAGAUUAAUUCGAGACCAAGUCUUUUAUCCUAGUCUAACUACGCUUACGCAUAUGAUUUUUACAUUAAUGCAAUGUCUCGAACAGGCGGAGUUUUCUAAUCCAGAUACUUUCUAACAUUUUACGUCGUAAGAUUUUACGUAGUUGCCUUUCAGGUUAUAAUUUUCGACAUCCUUGAAGAUAAAAGCCGUCACAUUGAGCGCUAUUUCAUGUCUAUGACGGUGCAAUUUUCAGAGUCCGAGGGUAUGUAUUGUGCAAUCGGUACUCUAUUUCCUCUUCUAUGUUUUUUUUGCUAUACUUAAAUACUUGUAUGAUUCUGAGACAUUUUCAUGACUGCGACCUUGCUGAGUGGAGACUAUAAUCGUCUGGAUGCAUUGCUCUAAAACUUUGUAAAGCUGUAGCUGAAAGUGCCGACAAUGCGGCAAAACUAGAAUGAAUGUAGUCAGUGGCUCGUUGUAGAUGUAUUUUUCUACCUUGGUCCUCCUCCUCCGCUGGUAUGCUCAUUCUACUCUAAGUGACAACUGCUGCAAUUAUUUUUGAACACGCUGCAUGAUCACUAUGAUGAUGCCGCGCCUUGACAAAGCGACUCGAAGCUGGACAAUGUUUUUCUGAUUGGUUCUUCUGAAUCUGAUGAGAAAAGCUGUGCCUUGAUUUUUCCAUCUUUUUGGAUAAAUUAAUCUCUCCGUGAACUACACAACAACUAAGCCCUCGACUUCCAAGGCCGGCACAGCUUUACACCAAGAACAUAGUACUUCCUCUCGAUCUCAUACAAAGUGCAUGAAGAUUUUUCUUUUUGCGAUGCAUUUAUGUACGAUUUGAUCUCUACCAAAAACCGUUUGACAAAAAAAUAGCAACGCUCGUGUAAAAUUUGAAUUUGAGUAAGUUGUACUCUUCACCAAAAAUAAACACAAGCAGGCUUCCCG